AGGCGGCGAGUCGCAGGCGGGGGGUGGGGUGGGCUGGGGUGGGGGAGCGAGAGGUGGCGGGCCCGAGGCUUGAUCCGUGGGAUCUAUUGUCCUCGGCACGUUGCGAGGAAAAACAAAGGGAUCGAUUCUCAUGACCCAGUCUUUUUUUUUUUUUUUUUUAAUUCUUCCUCUUUCUUUUCUUGUUGAAAUGUGGCCGGGGAGCUCGGCUCUCCCCGUGCCACUCUGGGAUCCGCCUGGCAGCCGCCGGGAGCCGCAGCCAAUGUGCUAGGACUUCAGGUGCUCCCGGGCACAAAGCUAGACUGCGACCUCCUACCAUAGCGCUUGGCGUCACCUGCUCUCCCGGCCCUGCCCCGGGGGCCGAGGGAUGGCGUCCCGAAGCAGGCUGGGGACUCGGCUGCCUCUCAAAUGAACCUCUAGUCUUGCUUUGAAAAAGCCACUUUGUGUAAUUCUUGACUGAAUAAUUUCCUAAUACACCUGUUGAGCGGAUCACUGACACAGUAUGCCAUUUGAGAGGUACUUUUUCUUGUCCAAAUACUGGUGAUUAGAGAAGAGAAGUGUUUUAUUUUUGUUUAUUUUUUCCUCUGAUCAUUAUGAACAUUGGCUUUUACUCCUGAAGUAAAAAUGUUGAAAGCAGAGCCGUCAGGUGAAAGGACCACUCUCCGAAGUGCCUCUCCUCACAGGAAUGCAUAUAGGACUGAGUUCCAGGCACUGAAAAGUACCUUUGACAAACCCAAGUCAGAUGGAGAACAAAAAUCAAAAGAAGGUGAGGGCUCCCAGCAGAGCAGGGGGAGGAAAUAUGGCUCCAAUGUCAACAGGAUUAAAAAUCUGUUCAUGCAGAUGGGUAUGGAGCCCACUGAGAACGCUGCAGUCAUUGCCAAAACAAGGGGGAAAGGUAGACCUUCAUCCCCUCAGAGAAGAAUGAAACCCAAAGAAUUUCUUGAGAAAACAGAUGGCUCGGUUGUUAAAUUGGAGUCCUCUGUUUCAGAACGAAUUAGUAGAUUUGACACAAUGUAUGAUGGUCCCUCAUAUUCUAAAUUCACCGAAACUCGGAAGAUGUUUGAGAGGAGUGUGCAUGAGUCAGGACGAAACAACCGCUAUUCUCCAAAGACAGAGAAAGCUGGAGGGAGUGAGCCUCAGGAUGAGUGGGGUGGUACCAAGUCCAACAGAGGCAGUACUGACUCCCUGGACAGUCUUAGCUCUAGGACAGAGGCUGUCUCCCCUACAGUGAGUCAACUAAGUGCAGUAUUUGAGAAUACCGAAUCCCCCAGUGCCAUUGCUUCUGAGAAGGCUGAAAAUGAAUACUCAGUGACUGGGCAUUAUCCGCUAAAUUUACCAUCUGUUACUGUGACAAAUCUUGACACCUUUGGUCACCUUAAGGAUUCUAACGCUUGGUCUCCUCCAAGCAAAUGCGGUGAUGAGUCGGAGGAUGUUCAGAAGAGUAACACAACUCCAGUACCGGAAGUGGCUUCAAAAAGUAUCUCUCUAGACUCGAUGCCUGGUGAAGAGACACAGCCGAACAAGGAAGCUGAGGACUCUACAUCUAAUCAAGAGACUCCGGACAGCAUCGACAAAGGCAUUUUUGAAGAACCUUGUGCUGAAAAUAAGGCAAUGCCGGAGUUUAAAAUUCCUUCACCACAAAAUGAACCAUUAGAAGAUGCCGAAGCUAAUUUGGUUGGGAGUGAGACAGGAGUACAACCGAAGAAGGAGCUUGCAGGUGGUAAUUUUACCUCUGCUGAUAGAUCCGGAUCCAGUUUUGGGAAAGAAGUACCCGAAGAUUCGAAUAAUUUUGAGAGCUCCCAUGUUUACAUGCACAGUGACUAUAAUGUAUAUAGGGUCAGAUCUAGGUAUAAUUCAGACUGGGGAGAGACAGGUACUGAACAGGAUGAGCAGGAGGAUAGUGAUGAAAACAAUUACUAUCAACCUGAUAUGGAAUAUUCAGAAAUUGUCGGAUUGCCAGAAGAAGAUGACAUCCCAGAAAAUAGAAAAAUAAAAUUUAGUUGUGCACCAAUUAAGGUUUUUAACACAUACUCCAACGAAGACUAUGACAGGAGAAAUGAUGAAGUUGACCCUGUAGCUGCUUCAGCUGAGUACGAACUUGAAAAGCGUGUAGAAAAGCUGGAACUCUUCCCAGUGGACUUAGAGAAAGAUGAGGAUGGACUUGGCAUAAGUAUCAUUGGUAUGGGUGUUGGAGCAGAUGCUGGGCUGGAGAAGCUGGGAAUAUUUGUCAAGACAGUGACGGAAGGAGGUGCUGCUCAGCGAGAUGGCAGAAUACAAGUGAAUGACCAAAUUGUAGAAGUGGAUGGAAUCAGCUUGGUGGGCGUCACACAGAAUUUUGCUGCAACUGUUCUCAGAAACACCAAGGGCAAUGUCAGAUUUGUUAUUGGGCGAGAAAAACCAGGACAAGUAAGUGAGGUUGCCCAAUUGAUAAGCCAGACACUGGAACAGGAAAGACGCCAGAGAGAGCUACUUGAGCAGCACUAUGCCCAGUAUGAUGCUGAUGAUGAUGAGAACACAGUGACUGAAUUGCAAGGAGUGCCUGGCAACUGCAAUAAUAAUAACAACUAUUUCCUUAAGACAGGAGAAUAUGCCACAGAUGAAGAGGAGGAUGAGGUAGGCCCUGUCCUUCCUGGCAGUGACAUCGCCAUUGAAGUCUUCGAGCUGCCUGAGAAUGAGGAUAUGUUUUCUCCAUCAGACCUGGACACAAACAAGCUGAGUCACAAGUUCAAAGAGUUGCAAAUCAAACAUGCAGUUACAGAAGCAGAGAUUCAAAAAUUGAAGACCAAGCUGCAAGCAGCAGAAAAUGAGAAAGUGCGGUGGGAAUUAGAGAAAACACAACUUCAACAGAACAUAGAAGAGAAUAAAGAAAGAAUGUUGAAAUUAGAGAGCUACUGGAUUGAGGCUCAAACAUUAUGCCAUACAGUGAAUGAACACCUCAAAGAUACUCAAAGCCAAUAUCAAGCCUUGGAAAAGAAAUACAAUAAGGCAAAGAAACUGAUCAAGGAUUUCCAACAAAAAGAGCUUGAUUUCAUCAAAAGACAGGAAGCAGAAAGAAAGAAAAUAGAAGAUUUGGAAAAAGCUCAUGUUGUAGAAGUUCAAGGCCUGCAAGUGCGGAUUAGAGAUUUGGAAGCUGAGGUCUUCAGGCUAUUGAAACAAAAUGGGACUCAAGUUAACAAUAACAACAACAUCUUUGAGAGAAGAACAUCCCUUGGUGACGUCUCUAAAGGAGAUACCAUGGAGAACUUGGACGUCAAACAAACAUCUUGUCAAGAUGGCCUAAGUCAAGAUUUGAAUGAAGCAGUCCCAGAGACCGAGCGCUUAGAUUCAAAGGCAUUGAAGACAAGAGCCCAGCUCUCCGUGAAGAACAGGCGUCAGAGGCCUUCUCGGACAAGACUCUAUGAUAGUGUCAGUUCAACAGAUGGAGAAGACAGUCUGGAACGAAAGCCUCCAAACAGUCUUUAUAACCACAUGCAUAUUACCAAAUCACUUCUGCCCAAGGGUUUGAGAACUUACCCAGAAUCAGAUUCUGGUGAUCCAUCCCUCACUCCAGUGGCUAGCAGUCUGCCUUUAUCAUCUGAUCACAUGGGUGAAUUUCCAGAAGAUUCACUGCACUCAGAAAGGGAGCCAUCCUCCUCUACCUGGGGAGACACUUCGCUCUCUUCUCCUUCAAAAUCUGAUCAAGACAUGGAAGACUUUCCUUGCCACCAUGAAGCAGCCACCAAGAAGAUAUUACCAGAAAAAGGUGGUGCUAAGGGUCCCAAGUCAUUAACAACAUCCAGUCCAUUGGUGGUACAAGAUGGAAAAAUUAAGAAGAAGUUUGUGGAUCUGGGGGCACCUUUGCGAAGGAAUUCCAACAAAGGAAAGAAAUGGAAAGAAAAAGAAGUCAAUAGGUUUUCUCCAGGUAGCAGGAUUUUCCGAGGCAGGCUGGAGCACUGGAAACCGAAGCCCUCUUCCCCAGCUCCGGCCUCCACUCGCUCACCUUGCAUGCCUUUCUCCUGGUUUAAUGAAAGCCGAAAAGGAUCCUAUUCUUUAAAGAAUCUGCCUUCACCCACAAGUCCCCUUCAGCCUUCUCCUGAGACUCUAAUUUCAGAUAAAAAGGGGUCCAAGAAUUUUACCUUCAAUGAUGACUUCAGUCCCAGCAGCACCAGCUCGGCAGAUCUGAGUGGCCUCGGAGCAGAACCCAAAACUCCAGGGCUCUCUCAGUCUUUAGCACUGUCAUCAGAUGAGAGCCUGGAUAUGAUAGAUGAUGAGAUCCUUGAUGACGGACAGUCUCCCAAACACAGUCAGUGUCAGCAUCGGGCCGUGCAUGAAUGGAGUGUGCAGCAGGUUUCUCACUGGCUAAUGAGCCUAAGUCUGGAGCAGUAUGUAUCUGAAUUCAGUGCCAAAAACAUCACUGGAGAGCAACUCCUGCAGUUGGAUGGAAAUAAACUUAAGUCUCUCGGAAUGACAUCAUCCCAGGAUCGAGCUGUGGUCAAAAAGAAGCUGAAGGAAAUGAAGGUAUCUCUGGAGAAGGCUCGGAAGGCUCAAGAGAAAAUAGAAAAACAAAGGGAAAAGCUGAGGAAGAGGGAACAAGAGCAAAUGCAGAGGAAGUCCAAAAAGACUGAAAAGAUGACGGUGGCAAGUGAGGGGGCUGGUGAGCAGUAACACACGUUCUCUGUGGGGCGUGGGGUGGAGGUUCAUGCUCCUGCUUCUCCGGCUCCUCCUGUCCUACCUUCCUCCAGUGAAUGAAGAAACUGACUGAUGGUGGGGUAUUGCUGCUGUAGGCAGACUGGGGAACUGUGUGUGGAGUAACUGCAUUUCCUGCAAUAAUAGAAUAUACUCUUAAUUUUAACCAACUAAAAUAAUCCCAAACUUCUUUCGGCUUAUUUACAAAUCCAGGGAUCUUGUGUCUAAGAAAUGCAAGUGACUGUAUUUCUCUCCCUUCUUACUUAACAACAUCGUGUGUUGUUUUGGGUGAGUUGUGUCAUUUGGAGGACCAGGGCAGCCCUGCCCAACAUGAGUAUGACACUCACACCCCGGCCCCCAUUGUGUUAAUGAAGCACCAAGAACUGUCAGUGUGGGAUCCUAAAUUGGACAACUGCACAUGUCUGCAUGGCUGAGGCUUCAGAAUCUACGCUAGUGUAUGGGAGAGGCACCCUUCAAUGCCAUGUUGGCAGCAUGUGCUCUGCCAAAUACCUGUUGUGGCAAAAGGCAAGCAAAAUAUUCUGUUUGCUGGGUGUUGGCAAGAGAGAAGAGAAUUAAUCAUGUGUUAACCACAGAAGAAAGCAAAAUACUUCAGAAUGUGGUCAUAGGUAUUAUCAUGGGGUCUUAAUGGUUAAUAAUACUUAUCCUCCAGAUUUAGCUGAACAAAGGAGAAAAAUCAGACAUGAAUGCAUCAUGGGACGUUGGGUUCUCUUACUCAUUUUUCUACUGCUGUAUGUUUGGUAAUUUCAACAACACUCAUACACACCACAGAGCUUCUCUCCCACCCUACCCACCCCCGCUAACAAAUUGAACAGGAAAUUGAUUUUUAAGGAAACCAACAUUUUCAGGUUUCCUCUCUGGGGGAACAUUCUGGCGGGUCUUCAGCCUGGCUAUGACACAAUCAGGAACUCGUCCCAUAUUUUCUGCUCAAGAUUUCCCAAGCGUGUUCAGUGUUUUAACAAAUGUGCUUUUAAGAAAAAUAGAAAUGCCAGUUAAAGAGAAUUCGAAUUUAAGUAAUGUGCAACCAGAGAAGCAAUUUUAUUGAGUAGACAGAAUGUUCUAUAAAGAGGAACUGUCAGUUGUAUUUUAGAGAUAUUUUGAAUGGUUUUUCUGAAUCAUUCUCUUCCAUGCAUUAAAGGGUUCCACUUUGACAGUUCAAGUUGUUUUAAGGUAGUACCUAGGAUAUAGCCUAACGGAUGAGUCAUUUAUAUAUUUGGAAAGCCAGUAUUAAGGAUUUCAGUAUUUCAUCAAACUAAUUCAAGUUGGAGGAGAAAAUAAACUCAUCUUGAGAAAUUUCAAAUGAUAGGCAAAAUAUAUAUACAUACUAGUUACGGAGAAUUUGGGUUUGAAUAAAUUAAACCAGAGAAGCAAGUUUUAGUGCUUAUUUCAUUAUUUUUUGUUAAUGUUCUUUUGCUUUUUAUAAUUCAUGUAUCUGUUUCUCUUUCCUGCAUUGGUUAUAAAAAUGAGAUCAUCCACUUUCCAAGGGACGAGUUUCAAGUGAAGAUUUCCGGCCAAAUAAAUUCUUGGACAAGAAUUUUUCUUCCUCUACUAUGUGAGGAUCUCUGUUUGGUUCUGUUCACAUUUUACUGGAAAUGUUAUGUGCACAGAAUUUGGGGAAAAUGUUCUGAAAGUUAGAAGUAAUAGAUUAUGUAAAGGAGUUCCUGCCCAUUUAACUCCAUCUCAUAUUUUGAGCAUUGUGAUAUUUUUUAAGAAAGAGGGACCUGAAUGUAGAAUUUUCUAAACUAGAAAUUUAUAAUUUUGUUUCUCUCUAAAAUCUAUUUAUUGUGUACUACAGCAGUAUUGUCUGAGUUCUUCCAACUUAUUCACUAAGCGCUCAGAAACACAUAAAGUAACAUCAUGUCACUAUGUCUGUUUUUCUGUCUGUUUUUAUUUGGGGUAUAAUGGAAACUGCCAUACUGGAUACUCCAUACUUUGUCAUGUGAGCUGCUUUGCCAUUUAUUAAUACAAUGGGAAACAAGAAACCACUAUUGAUCAAUUACAAACUCCAGCAAAUAUUUUCUAAUUCUAAAAUGCUAAGUCAAAAUCUGUUUAUAACUAUGUUUUCUAUUUUAAACUUUUGCUUAUUGUUGGAGGAGAAAGUGACCUGGAUCACACUGGAAGUUUUAAUGUAUUCAUUUUAAGAGUAGAAAUUGAAGGAUAAUUAUCUUAAGUUAUGUUUACACUUUGAUAAUAUUUGAAAUGGAUGUAUAUAGUGGAAAUGUCUACAUGUUCCCAUUUCUGCACCUAAUUUAUGAUCUGUAAUAUUACAUUUUCUUAAAUGUCUUAGAACUACUAUUCUUUUAACUUCAUUUAUAUACUUUAGAUCAGUGACCAAGAAACACUACUAUAUCAAGUUCUUAUUCAUUAAAUAAUUUAGUUGCUAUUUUAACUAUUUUGAUUUUUAAGUUAAGAUCUGAUCAUUUUAAACCUUAAUGAGUUACUUUAACAUUAUUAUUCAAAACUGCUGAAACUGUAAAAGGCACUUGAUUCAGUCAUCAAACAAAAGAUAAAAUGUAAGCUGGUUGACAUAAAGAUAUAUAAAAGCAAAAUGACCUCAGAUCUUAUGAACAUAUCUUUCCUCAUUUCUUUUGUUAACUCUAGUGCAUGAUUCCUAAUUGAAGUGGUUGUGUGUUACACAAUCUCUACACUUAUGCUAUGAUUUUUUUAUUGUUAAUACAAUUUAACAUAGAAUUGUUGCCUCAUGCACCUUCUAUUUUAUCAGAAAGUGAACGAAAAGUAAAUAUCUGGCUACUGUGAGCUAUAAUACUUGAAGCACAGCUCAGUAUAUCUCUCGCAAUAGACAAAAGCAUUUUGCAGUCUAAGUAAUGCUUUAUUUGUGGGGUGAAGGGAGUGGGGUGGGUGGGAAUAUGAGUGAGGCCAAAGUAGACAGUAUUGUAUGAGAUAAGUGUCUGGGGAUGAAGGGUUUUCCAUGAAAAUAAUUUUAUUACAGAUUUUAUUUUUAAUUUAAGGCCACAUCCUUGAAAUUAAUAGUUUAUGCCAUAGUUCUCUCAUUCUUGUUUUUUAAAUGUUAAUUAAAAGUUUACUCCUGAGUGACACAUAAGAUCAGAAAUCUAAGUUUGCCUUUCUAACACCUUUUGAAGGUCACCUUUAGUUUCACAGUAAUAAAACAAUUUUGUGCAUAGGUUGACAAUAAUUUCCCAACCUCAUACGCAUCUUAACCCUCAGCAGUUCUUGGAAACUAAAUGACAGAGUACAAGAGAAGAACUAAAUUAACCCUUGUAGCUGCCUUUUAUCCUGUGAUCUAUUCUGAUCUGAAGUCUUAAGAUAGAUAUCCUGAGCCCAAGACAUAAAAACAAUCAUGCAUUGUUCGACCUAGUACUUUAAUCAGUCUUUGUGUAUUUUAACUGAGAACAAAUAAUUCUCAUCUUGGUUCAUUUUGUACUGGGAUUAGAAUGUGCUUUACAGUGAUAUUUUAAAAGAUAAAUAAAAAUCCACAUUCAUAUGGAUAUUUUAAUUCCAGAUAAAUGUGAUGUAAGUGUUAAUUCUUAUAAGGAACCAGUUUUCAAGAGCUGAAUCCCAGUAUUUAACAAUAGUUUUCAAGAAAAUUCUAAAGGGAAUCCUAAUAAUUAUUGUGUCCAACAAUUUAAAAGGAAUUUCUAAACUUUUGAUGCAUUAUAUCUCUUUCUUAAAUUGAGGUAUGUAAAAGUUUUCAUAUUCCAUUUGAACAGAGUUGCUGUCCCAAGCAAGCUGCAGAUGACAAGCGUUUCACUGAUAUGGAUGAAGUUCACUAGAGUUUGUGUUAACUACUUAAUGCUAAGUUUUGGUAUGAAAUGGUAAAAUGGAAAAGUAAAGCCCUGUUUUUGCUUUAAAAAUAGUCUUUUCAAAUUUUAAUGAAAGACCUGCCUCUAUACACUAUUUUAAAGCAAAUCAUUUAAGGAUGAAAUCCAGAAAUAAAAUAUUCAUGUUUUCUACAAGAAUUGUUUUCAUUCUUAUGGGUGGGAGUGAGGAAUGUAUUCUCACAAGAAAGUAGAGUUUUAAGAAAUAUGAAUGUGCUUCAGUGGAGUCACUCCUGAAAAACAGUCUGGGUAUAAAAACAGAUUUUAUUUAUACGUGUCUUCAAUAUUCUAAGUCUGAGGAAAUUUAGUCCAGGUCCAAAACACUGCGGGAAAAAAAUAAAUAACACCAGACGGAAUACAUUUAAAUAACAACGUAGUAGCAUAGAUUAGAUCUAGCCAAGAAAUUGGUGGCCAAAGAAAAAAAAGCCUAAAGAAUCCAUUUCCAGCCCCUGACCUCCAGAAAAUGAAAACAUCAGAUUCUAUCAUCUAAAUAAAUAGAGUCUUUGUAUGAUUGUAUGCCUGUGUUGAGGGAAUGGUUGCUAAGUGAAGGUUCACCUAUGUACGGGUGUGGACCAAGUAUAGCAUGUGACCAGCUUCUAGAUCUCCAGAGUAAGGAUGAAAAGAAAGGUGAUUUUCAAUCCUUGAUGCUUAACCCAAAAUCCAACCCCCAAAUGAUUCAUGAAUGAAUAAUAAAUAAGGAAUAAGAAAACAAGAGGCAACUUCUUAAUAGUGUGCAUGCCACUUGUGUAGAUGUACAGAAUUAUAUAUGUGUGAGUGUGUAUGUGUAUGUGUGUAACUCUAUCUCCCAUUUUACAUGCACACACACACACACACCUGCCGCAAUCACCUGGCAUAAAAUUUGCAUAUGGAACUUAGUCAUGUCAGUUAGGACCUCGAGCAGUAAUCAUAGCCUUAUAGCCACUUUUUUUUGUGUUGUGUAUACAUUGAAUGGUUCAUAAGAUUUUAAGAGAUUUUUUAAUGUAAGUAUUUCUACUAAAUGCACUUAUCCUACAUGUUUAUAUAUUUUGGUAAAGUUGAUUUAUUAGAUACUUGAUAUUUUAGUAAGAUAAAAUUUCUUCAAAUGUUUGAUUAUGCUUUGAUGUCAAGACUGUAAGUUACCGAAUUGGAGCUCAGAAGUUUAUGAGGCUUUGGGCAAUUUCAACUGCCAUUACUCACACUAAAAAUUGCACUGUGUGUUCUGUGUAUUUGCUCACACUCUAAAAUGGUAUAUUUUUAUUUGUGAUGCUGAAGUCACUAACUACUGGCUUUCUGAUGGCAGUAUUGCCAUCACUUGAUCAUCUACUUCUUUUGCUGAGUGAUGGCAUGGUUAAGUUAUUGAAAAAUCUAAUGAAAGUAUAUGUAAGCAUGAAAAUGUUGUUGGAAGGUGUUUGCUUCUAUUUAGUUAAGCAGUUUUAUUUACACACUGAGACUAUUGCAAAUAUCAUCUUUCAUUCAUGAAAGAAAAUUGGCCAAAAAAUCAUUACCAUAAAAAAAUUAUUAAUAAAGUGGCACUCCAUCUAGGCACCACCUCCCAACAGCAUCAGAUUUAGAUAAUGCUCCAUGAGAUCCCUUAAGUAUACAUGUAUAUGUGUUCUUUAAUAUUAUUUGUGGUCAUCACUACUGGAUUUUUGUUGCUGCAUUUUUGAUGAAGUGGCAUUUCAACAACUAAAACACCUGCUGCGUAUCACUAAAAAAACUAGAAGCUGAAAAAAAAUGAAUUGUUGCAUUGUGAGAAGUUUAUUUAGCUCCAAUCUUUCUUUACAUACCACUAAAGGAAAAAGUUGUUUGAAAAAAAUUUUAAGCCCAGUAAGUAUGGAUAGCAUGUUAUCUGAAACUUUUAAUUUUUACAUUUUGAAGUCUGAUCAUUUGCAUGGAAGAGACAAUAGUGCCACGUCUGAAUUGUUCUUUUGUGCUUGGUUAAUAUGUAUUUAAUCUAGAUUGUUUAAUUUCAAAUGACAUUUCUUAUCUUUGGUUUCAGGGGCAUUUAAAGCAAAAUAUCAUGGUGGUCCUUUGUUUUCAGACCAAUCUAAAAAUACCUGUGAUUAAAUUUAAUUUGUUAGUGUAAAUAAAUUUCUUGCCAAUAAGUAUUCUUGUUGUUAGGCAAUGAAUGCAAUAAAAAGAGAAAUACAAUAAGA